AAGAAAGAGGAGACAAGAGUUGAUGAUUCAAAUAUGUGUUGUGUUUAACAAGAUCUCAGUCUGCCUUUUCGGCCAACUCAAAAGCCAUUACUGCAAAAGCAAUAGCUACCCUUUCUUCUUAUCUCAUCUUUCCGACCAUCAUCACCUUUCUCAACUAUAUCCUCUCUCUUUCUCUCUCCCUCUUUUUUUAAUCUUCAAGAUUUAUAUUAUUGAACUCGACAUCAUCCACUUAUACGUUUAUAUAUUCACUUGUUUGAUUUUGCUUUGAACUUCGUCUUUGACUGCUUUGCUGUUCUUUGCCACUUCCUUCUUCUUCGCUGCUGCUUCUUCUUCCUCCAUAUCUUCUUCACUGCUUUUGGUAUUCUAAUUUUGCAAAUUCUUCACUUGUUCAUUUUCCUGGGAGAGUAUUUACACAGUUGCAGAACUGUGAGGACAGGAAAAGUUGAAUAAAUCGAGCAUGAGUCAACCUAAAAUCAAGCGUAGAGUGGGUAAAUAUGAGGUGGGAAAAACAAUUGGCGAGGGAACAUUUGCAAAAGUGAAGUUUGCAAGGAACUCCGAGACAGGGGAGCCUGUGGCACUGAAGAUUCUUGACAGAGAGAAGGUUCUUAAACACAAGAUGGCUGAGCAGAUCAAGCGAGAGAUAGCAACAAUGAAGCUUAUAAAGCAUCCUAAUGUUGUUCGAUUAUUUGAGGUGAUGGGAAGCAGGACAAAGAUAUUUAUUGUCUUGGAGUUUGUUACUGGGGGAGAGCUUUUUGACAAAAUUGUAAACCAUGGACGGAUGCGAGAAGAUGAAGCUCGGAGAUAUUUCCAGCAGCUUAUUAAUGCAGUUGAUUACUGCCACAGUAGGGGUGUCUACCAUAGAGACCUGAAGCCGGAGAAUCUGCUGUUGGAUGCUUGUGGGAACCUCAAAAUUUCUGAUUUUGGAUUGAGUGCAUUGUCACAACAAGUCAGGGAUGAUGGCCUAUUUCAUACUGCUUGUGGAACUCCAAAUUAUGUUGCUCCUGAGGUUCUUAAUGAUAGAGGUUAUGACGGGGCGACUGCAGACAUAUGGUCAUGUGGAGUAAUACUAUUUGUACUGCUUGCAGGUUACUUGCCUUUUGAUGAUGAUAAUCUAAUAAACCUGUAUAAAAAAGUGAGCAUUUUACAGCUUUUCAAAGAACUAUUCUUUGUUGUUCUCUGUCCUCUGCUAUUUAUUUUCUUUCCCCACAUGCAGAUUUCAGCAGCUGAGUUCACUUGCCCUCCUUGGCUUUCUUUUGGUGCCAUGAAAUUAAUCACUAGAAUUUUGGAUCCUAACCCUGUGACUCGCAUCACUAUAUCUGAAAUCUUGGAAGAUGAAUGGUUUAAGAAAGAUUAUAAGCCUCCUGUCUUUGAGGAGAAAGAUGACACCAACUUGGAUGAUGUUGAAGCUGUUUUUAAGGAUUCAAAAGAUCACCUUGUAACAGAGAAGAAGGAAGAACAUCCAGCAGCUAUGAAUGCAUUUGAGUUGAUUUCUAUGUCGAAAGGACUAAAUCUCGGGAAUUUGUUUGAUUCUGAACAGGGAUUCAAAAGGGAAACAAGGUUCACAUCUAAAUGCGCUGCUAAUGAGAUAAUCCAUAAGAUUGAAGAAGCUGCAAAGCCUCUGGGUUUUGAUGUGCAGAAGAAAAACUACAAGAUGAAGCUUGAAAAUAUGAAAGCUGGGAGAAAGGGAAACCUUAAUGUCGCCACCGAGAUUUUUCAAGUAGCACCUUCUCUACACAUGGUUGAAGUCCGAAAAGCAAAAGGUGACACUUUGGAGUUCCAUAAGUUCUAUAAAAAUCUUUCGACCUGCCUCGAUGAUGUUGUCUGGAAAACUGAGGAGGACAUGCAAGAAAUUAAGUGAAAAUAGUGUCGCUUUUGUGUUAGCUUGCCAAAUGUGUCAUACUUGUUCUAUAUCUUCAUUCUUUAGCACCCACUUUUUGGGAACCAUCUUCUACAGUGUAGAAUUAGAGACAUCUCUUCAGCAAUUGUUUUCCUUGCUAGUAUUGUUGGAAAGCAUGGAAAAUACACACAGCCUUUGUUUGGUUUUAUCUUCAACUGGACGAUGUCAAGAACAAGAGAUUUGGCAAAUAAAGAUGUUUGUAUAUGUUUCCUUUUUGUUGUAUAUUUGCUUUUGGCUUUGAUUAUGCUUGUGUGGAAUUGUAAAUGUUGUAACUUUAAAUUUUCUUUAAUAGUGGCAUGGAGAAGUGAGAAAAAUGAUUAAGCUA